GCUGGGAGGGCAGAGCCCCCCCCCCGGCACAGCGCGGCGGGGAGAGCUGGCCCGGGCUCCGGGCGCCGUCCUGCGGAUGUCGGAGUAGCGCCAGCCGGCUCAGGAAUGCCCCGGCCGGGCGGCUGGGCGCGGAGCCUCCCGCCGCCGCCGCUGCUGCUGCUGCUGCUGCACGCGGGGAGCCUGGCGGAGCGCGGGGGCGCAGCCCGAGGAACAAAUUUGUCAGUCUCUGCUGAUUUAAUGCCUACAUCAUCAUGGAACAUUUCAAGUGAACUAGACAAAGAUUACUUCUUGACUCUUGAUGAGCCUAUGAAUAACAUAACCACCACCCUCGGCCAAACUGCAGAACUGCAUUGUAAAGUCUCUGGCAAUCCUCUUCCAACUGUGCGUUGGUUGAAAAAUGAUGCCCCAGUCGUUCAAGAACCCAGGAGGAUAUCUUUUCGUGCAACAAGCUAUGGGUCUCGAUUACGAAUAAGAAACCUUGACACUACGGAUACUGGUUACUUUCAGUGUGUUGCUACUAAUGGCAGGAAGACUGUUUCCACAACCGGCGUGUUGUUUGUGAAAUUUGGUCCCCCGCCAACCGCAAGUCCAGGAUCAUCUGACGAGUAUGAAGAGGAUGGUUUUUGCCAGCCAUACAGAGGGAUUGCUUGUGCAAGAUUUAUUGGGAAUCGAACAAUUUAUAUGGAGUCUGUACAUAUGCAGGGUGAAAUAGAAAAUCAGAUUACAGCUGCCUUCACUAUGAUUGGCACUUCCAGUCACUUAUCUGAUAAAUGCUCCCAGUUUGCCAUUCCUUCUUUGUGCCACUACGCUUUCCCAUACUGCGAUGAGACCUCACCAGCCCCAAAGCCCCGAGAUCUGUGCCGUGAUGAAUGUGAAAUUCUGGAAAAUGUCCUUUGUCAGACAGAGUAUAUUUUUGCAAGGUCCAAUCCUAUGAUUCUGAUGAGGUUAAAGCUGCCAAACUGUGAAGAUCUUCCUCAGCCAGAUAGCCCGGAAGCUGUAAAUUGUAUCCGGAUUGGAAUCCCCAUGGCAGAUCCUAUAAAUAAAAAUCAUAAAUGUUACAACAGUACUGGAAUAGAUUACCGUGGGACCGUCAGUGUGACAAAGUCUGGACGUCAGUGCCAGCCAUGGAACUCUCAGUAUCCGCACACACAUACCUUCACCGCCAUCAGAUACCCAGAGUUAAACGGGGGCCAUUCCUAUUGUCGAAAUCCAGGGAAUCAGAAGGAAGCGCCAUGGUGCUUUACCUUAGAUGAAAAUUUUAAGUCUGAGCUUUGUGACAUCCCAGCAUGUGAUUCCAAAGAUUCCAAGGAGAAGAAUAAAAUGGAAAUCCUAUAUAUAUUGGUGCCAAGUGUUACUAUUCCCCUGGCCAUAGCCUUGUUGUUCUUCUUCAUCUGCGUCUGCCGCAACAACCAGAAGUCUUCCUCCCCUCCAGUACAAAGACAGCCCAAACACGUCAGAGGGCAAAAUGUCGAGAUGUCAAUGCUAAAUGCAUACAAACCAAAGAGCAAAGCUAAGGAGUUACCUCUUUCUGCUGUUCGUUUCAUGGAAGAACUGGGUGAAUGUGCUCUUGGAAAAAUCUACAAGGGGCAUCUCUAUCUUCCAGGCAUGGAUCAUGCUCAGCUUGUUGCUAUCAAGACAUUAAAAGACUUUAACAAUCCUCAGCAGUGGACAGAAUUCCAGCAAGAAGCAUCUCUUAUGGCAGAACUUCAUCACCCUAACAUUGUCUGUCUCCUAGGUGUUGUGACUCAGGAACAACCCGUCUGCAUGCUUUUUGAGUAUAUGAAUCAGGGAGACCUCCAUGAAUUCCUUAUCAUGCGAUCGCCACAUUCAGAUGUUGGGUGUAGCAGUGAUGAGGACGGUACUGUCAAAUCCAGUCUGGACCAUGGGGAUUUCCUGCAUAUUGCAGUUCAAAUUGCGGCAGGAAUGGAAUACUUAUCCAGUCAUUUUUUUGUCCAUAAAGACCUUGCUGCUCGCAACAUUUUAAUUGGAGAACAACUUCAUGUGAAAAUUUCAGACCUUGGACUAUCAAGAGAAAUAUACUCAGCAGAUUAUUACAGAGUUCAAAGUAAGUCCCUACUGCCGAUUCGCUGGAUGCCACCAGAAGCAAUUAUGUAUGGCAAGUUCUCUUCUGAUUCAGAUAUUUGGUCCUUUGGUGUGGUCUUAUGGGAGAUUUUCAGCUUUGGACUCCAACCAUAUUAUGGAUUUAGUAAUCAAGAAGUCAUAGAGAUGGUCAGGAAACGACAAUUAUUACCAUGCUCUGAAGACUGUCCUCCCAGAAUGUAUAGCUUGAUGACAGAGUGCUGGCAUGAUCUUCCAUCUCGGAGGCCAAGAUUUAAAGAUAUCCAUGCCAGGCUGCGUUCCUGGGAGGGACUUUCAAGUCACACUAGCUCUACUACUCCCUCUGGUGGAAAUGCCACCACUCAAACAACUUCACUCAGUGCAAGCCCAGUUAGUAACCUAAGUAAUCCUAGAUACCCUAAUUACAUGUUUCCAGCACAGGGUAUACCACAAGGCCAAAUUGCUGGGUUCAUUGGACCACCAAUACCUCAAAACCAGCGAUUUAUCCCAAUCAAUGGAUACCCGAUUCCUCCAGGAUAUGCUGCUUUCCCAGCUGCCCACUACCAACCACCGGGCCCACCCAGGGUAAUUCAGCACUGUCCACCUCCAAAGAGCCGUUCACCAAGCAGUGCAAGUGGAUCAACUAGCACAGGUCAUGUGACUAGCUUGCCUUCUUCAGGAUCCAAUCAGGAUGCAAAUAUACCUUUGCUAUCUCAUAUGUCAAUUCCAAGUCAUCCAAGUGGAAUUGGUGUAACAGUUUUUGGAAAUAAAACUCAAAAACCAUACAAAAUUGACUCUAAACAGUCAUCCUUAUUAGGAGACCCCAAUAUUCAUGGACCUAAUGAAUCUAUGAUUUCUGCAGAGUUGUAAAUAAGUCAGGCCUUUGUACAUAUAACUAUUUACAGUACAAAUUAGAAAGAAGUAGAAAAGAUUUAUAUUCAAAUAUUUUAUUAAAGAUUUUUCUGGUUGUUUAACAGACUUUUGCAACAAGUAUCUUCUGUGAAGUUUAACUGUGUUUAACAGGAUAGGCAGACACCAACCAGAUAAAAAUCAUUGUGGUGUUAACACGCAACAAUUUGAACAGACAUUUUUUUAAGUACUAAACUAAUGUUUAUUUCAAUAAGGGACAAAAACAAAAAAAAUCUUUCUGAUGACCAUCAUACACUUUGUCACAGCUGUUUAAAGCUCUGAUAUGGUUUAUAUCAUGGAAACUUAUUAUUCUGAAAACAUUUUAAUAUUUGUCAAUCACUUUUUUAAGAGAUGCAAAUGUUCAGAGAUUUAUUGGGUAUGCAAUUCACUUCCGAUAGCUAGUUUAAACAUUUGUAAGGUUUUUUUCAGUCAAGAGUGGUAUUUCAAAUAUGUGACUCAAUGUUGACAUCUGAUGACUAGAUUAAUUAUUUCAGGUAGGUUUUUGUUUUUCACCCGAGGUGAGAGUCUGAGUUAAUAUUUAAACGAAAAAAAACUGCAUAAAAUGUCCUGACAUUCAGUAGAAUGACUUAUCAACUCACAGGCUACUAAAAUAAUCUGGUAAUGUCUGCUAAAAAUAGAUGGAGUUAUGAGAAAUUGCUUUUAAAGGAGAUUAAAUUAAGAAUUUUAAUUUCAGAGCAUGAAUCAACUGGUUCAAAGUUAACAUUUCAUAAUUUUAUAUGUGUAGUUAUAACAGAAAUUUUGUAUCCUUUUGUUGCUAUGCAACUAUUUAAUGAAAAAGCUUCAAACCACAAUUUUAUAUGAGACAAUCAGUUUUCCCAAGAAGUAUUUAUUGUUUCAGAGCAGUACAUAAUUUCAGUGACUAUGACUCCAGAAACCCCUAAAAAUGGGAAAUCCACAUUCCAUCAAGGAUUGAAAACAUUUAUGGCAACUUUGUCUAUCAGUUAAAAUAAUGUGAAUUAAAGUUAACUUUUUACUUAGAAAAAUGACAUAUGUAUUAUUACUGAAAUUAAUUCAGGUAUAAUCAAUCUAGAUUAUUCAUUUUGAAACCACUUUAAUGAUUUACAAAAGUACUAUGUACAUUACAUCUUUUCACAAUGUUGUUUGUAUUAAAAUAAUAUCUUUUGUGUCCACACAAUUAAAACAACCCUUUGCUCAGUUGACAAGGUUGUAUAAUAUGACUUUAUUUUUCACAUCUUUUUGCACAAAAGUGUUUUGUAUAGCAGAAGUGAAAUACAUCGCUGCAUUUUAUAUAUUGGUCUGUUUCUUUUUUGUUUUUAACCUGCUGUAGAUGUUCUUGAAAUAUAUUAUGGUGAUAUUCAGCCACUACCUUAUACAUAUAUUUUGUUUUUGUUUGUUUUCACUGCAUGCAUUUAAUCACUGUAUUACUUGAUGAUUGAUUUAUUAAUUAUGGGCAUUUCAAUUAGGCAAGCAUGAAACUGUAAUGCCAAAGACUAUUUUAUACUGAAAAUAUGUGCAUUUUUGUAUUUCACACACCAGAGAUGAUAUUAAACACUGAUUAUUUUAUGCUGCUGUUUAUUAAAACAUUGUUUU